CACUCAUCGGAUGGGUUUCUCUGCCCUUUCAGUAUUCAGUGACGAACAUCGGUGAAUCACUGCGAGCGUGUAUAUGCUGGUGACGAUCAUAUUCGCUACUGUUCAGGCUGCCCACAAAGAGACUGGUCGUGUGUCAUUGUGAUCUAUUGUGUGUCAAGUGAGAUAGAAAAUGGAGUCGUUUAAAGCUGACAAAGCUGCGGUGAAUGGAGAUACUGCUGAGCAAAACUCCAUAGAAGGGACAGACAGUGGCGUGAGCCCGUCGGACAAUAGAAGCCCAGCUUUGACAUGCAGUGUGCGGCCAAAGCAGCUAUCCCCUGUGUACAAAGUGCAAUUCUCAAACGAGGAAUUGAAGGCAAGACUGACUCCCACCCAGUAUAAUGUGACACAGGAGAGAGGCACAGAGAAGGCCUACAGUGGUACUUAUUAUCGAAAUAGAGAGAACGGCAUCUACUGUUGCAUCGUCUGUGGAGAGUACAUUUUCACGUCAAAGACAAAAUUCUACUCGGGCACGGGCUGGCCGUCGUUCUCUGACGUUGUCGAUACAGCCAGGGUACAUCUAAAACCAGACGGCCUCGGCUGCGGCUGUGGAGGUUCACUCGUGCCAUUGCCCAGCAGGGAUGCUUCUGCUAUGCGCAUGGAGGUGAAAUGCCACAACUGUGGUGCUCAUAUGGGCCACAUGUUUGAGGAUGGACCAAAACCGACUGGCAAGCGCUACUGUAUCAACUCAGCUGCUCUCAUCUUUCACAGGAUUGUAGAAAAACCUGAGGGCCAGAAGGAGACACAGGUGUAAAUUGGUGACCUGCGUUGUGGUGCAUGAGCGAAUUAUGGAUUGUUAUGACGGCUAUUGCCUUACUUUAUAAUGGGCGAAAUGGGUUGACCUUCAUGAUGGAAAUGAAUUGUAUACAAGAUUGUAAAGUUCUCUUCCAGCAAUGUCACAUCGUUUGAAGGUUGUUGUUCACAGCCACCAUGUAGUGAGCAGGGGGGGAUCCAGAGGGUUUGGGUGACCAGUUUCCAUAUGUUCUUCUGCAGCUAGGGGGUCCGGGGGAAU